AUGUGGUCCAAACCAGUUGGUCAGGAUGAUAUGACCAUGUUGAGAGAUGUUUCAGAUGAAGCUGUCGCUGAAAACCUAAAACAUCGCUUAAAUGCUGGAAUUAUUUACACAUACAUUGGUCGAGUGUUGAUUGCCGUCAAUCCAUACAAAGCCCUGGAUAUUUAUGGCGCAGACACUCUUGAAGUUUAUUGUAAAGAUGGAAGUAAAGGACCUAAGCCUCCUCAUAUUUACGGACUGACAACUGAUAUGUAUCACAAUAUGAUGAUAGAGAAAGAAAACCAAUGUGUCAUAAUAAGCGGUGAAAGUGGAGCUGGUAAGACUACAUCUGCACGGCACAUACUCAGUUGUAUCAAAAAAGUUUCUGGCCGAGGAUCCGAUAGAAUACAGCAUAUUAAGGACAUUAUAGCUCAAUCUCAAGUUGUACUGGAAGCGUUUGGGAAUGCAAAAACCAUAAGGAACAAUAACUCAAGUAGAUUUGGAAAAUACCUUGAGAUACAGUUCAACCAGAACGGGCAACCAAAUGGAGGAAAAAUCUACAAAUUUUUGCUAGAAAAGUGUCGUGUAACUCACUUGACACAAGGCGAACGUAACUUCCACGUGUUUUACCAGCUGUUGUCCGGCUGUACGAGCAAGGAAAAAGAUCAGUAUGGCCUUCAAGGAAACGCGGAGAAUUUUUUCUAUUUAAAUCAAAGUGAAGUGUACACUACUGACAAUAAAGAUGACAAGAACGACUUUUUAGCAACAAGGACUGCACUGGACGUGAUCGGCGUAGACACUGCGAAGCAACAGAUAAUCUUCAAAGUGUUGUCCGCUAUCCUAACUCUUGGUAACAUUGAGUUUAAAGAAACUGAAAAUGUGGCCUGUCCAACUAAACAGAACUCUAUCACUAUGAGUGACCUGCGCAUUACAGUCAUUAAACAAGUGCUUUCUGUCUUCUGCCUUAAGAUCGUGAUACUCAACGCAGUGGCUGCCCGCGAUACCCUGUCUAAAGCCUUAUACUCACAUUUGUUUGAUUACCUCGUCAAGGUUAUCAAUGGUGCCCUAAAGAAAGAUAAUGACUAUUUAUCCAUCGGAAUACUGGACAUUUAUGGAUUUGAAUCUUUCAAAGAAAAUAGCUUUGAACAGUUCGCCAUCAACUACGUGGACGAGAAACUUCAACAAGUUUUUGUGGAACUUACAUUUACAAUUGAACAGGAAGAAUAUAUCAGAGAAGGUAUUGCCUGGAAAACCGUAAAUUACUUCAAUAAUAAGAUAGUCUGCGACCUCAUCGAAAGCAAGCGCCCUUCGGGAAUCAUGUCAGCCUUGGAUGAAGCAUGUUGCCCAGUGAAAAGCAAAAAAGAAGGAUCUGAGAGGACUUUUGAACAGAAAAUGAGGGAGAUCGUUGGUUCCAAUAAAGCGCAUCAGGAAUUACUUCAAGUUCACCAUGACUACUUUACAGUGAAACACUUUGCAGGGAGUGUUGAUUACGAAUUCGGUGGCUUUCGCGAGAGAAACAAAGACGAGCUGUCAAAUGAUCUAAUAUCUUUGAUGCAGUCAAGUGAAAAGUAUGAAUACUAG